GUGCGGCCGCGCCCAGCGCGGGACUAGCUGGGUUUACUGGGCCAGGGGCUGGGGUCUGCGGGGUUGACGUUUAAAGGUCCAGGUCCGUCCGGUAGAGCAAGUAGCUCUGGAAAGCCAUUUGACGAUUUUCAGAAUGGGACUCCCGAGCAAUUCGGUGUAAAGACGCUGGAGGGGAUGGGGCGAGCAAAUAGCUUCAGUUGUGAAUUUCUGUUUGUGGCUUUUUGAAAUGGUAUAGACAUCUUUAUUUCCGCCGAAAUUGAGAUGGUCAGCCAAGAGCUAGUGGACUUUUUCCCGGACAGAAUCAACAUGGCUAUGUGAACGUGACAAAAAGUUUCUUAACCCUAACCUCACCUUCGUGGUCUUAGUUUGCCUUUAAAGAGAGAGACUCCAAGUGAGGAACUUGAUAAUAGAAGUUUAGAAGAGAUAUUGAAAAGCAUUCCUCCUCCCCCACCUCCAGCAAUGACCAAUGAAGCUGGAGCUCCUCGGCUUAUGAUAACUCAUAUUGUAAACCAGAACUUCAAAUCCUAUGCUGGGGAAAAAAUUCUGGGACCUUUCCAUAAGCGCUUUUCCUGUAUUAUUGGGCCAAAUGGCAGUGGCAAAUCCAAUGUUAUUGAUUCUAUGCUUUUUGUGUUUGGCUAUCGAGCACAAAAAAUAAGGUCUAAAAAACUCUCUGUAUUAAUACAUAAUUCUGAUGAACACAAGGAUAUUCAGAGUUGUACUGUAGAAGUUCAUUUUCAAAAGAUAAUUGAUAAGGAAGGGGAUGAUUAUGAAGUCAUUCCUAACAGUAACUUCUAUGUAUCCAGAACGGCCUACAGAGAUAAUACUUCUGUCUAUCACAUAAGUGGGAAGAAAAAGACAUUUAAGGAUGUUGGAAAUCUUCUUCGGAGCCAUGGAAUUGACUUGGACCAUAAUAGAUUUUUAAUCUUACAGGGUGAAGUUGAACAGAUUGCUAUGAUGAAACCAAAAGGCCAGGCUGAGCACGACGAGGGUAUGCUUGAAUACUUAGAAGAUAUAAUUGGUUGUGGACGGCUAAAUGAACCAAUUAAAGUCUUGUGUCGAAGAGUUGAAAUAUUAAAUGAACACAGAGGAGAGAAGUUAAACAGAGUUAAGAUGGUAGAAAAGGAAAAGGAUGCGUUAGAAGGAGAAAAAAACAUAGCCAUUGAAUUUCUUACCUUGGAAAAUGAAAUAUUUAGAAAGAAGAGCCAUGUUUGUCAGUAUUAUAUUUAUGAUCUGCAGAAACGAAUUGCUGAAAUGGAAACUCAGAAGGAAAAAAUUAAUGAAGAUACCAAAGAAAUUAAUGAGAAGAGCAAUAUACUGUCAAAUGAAAUGAAAGCUAAGAAUAAAGAUGUAAAGGAUGUAGAGAAGAAACUGAAUAAAAUUACAAAAUUUAUUGAGGAGAAUAAAGAAAAAUAUACACAGCUAGAUUUGGAAGAUGUUCAAAGUAGGGAAAAAUUAAAAGAUGCUAAGAGUAAAGCCAAAAUACUGGAGCAACAACUUCAAAAAGAUAAAAAAAAGGUUGAAGAAUUUAAAGGUGUGCCUGCCAAGAGUGAGAAUAUCAUAACUGAGACAACAACUAGAAGCAAUGUACUUGAGAAGGAAAAAGAGAAAGAAGAAAAAAAAUUAAAAGAAGUUAUGGAUAGCCUUAAACAGGAAACACAAGAUCUUCAGAAAGAAAAAGAAAGUCGAGAGAAAGAACUUAUGGAUUUCAACAAAUCAGUAAACGAAGCACGUUCAAAGAUGGAGGUAGCCCAGUCAGAACUUGAUAUCUAUCUCAGUCGUCAUAACACUGCAGUGUCUCAAUUAAGUAAGGCCAAAGAAGCUCUAAUUGCAGCUUCUGAGACUCUCAAAGAAAGGAAAGCUGCAAUUGGAGAUAUCGAGGCAAAGCUCCCUCAAACUGAACAAGAAUUAAAGAAGAAUGAAAAAGAACUUUGGAAACUUACACAAGAAGAAAUAAACAUCAAAAGUUUGGUUCAUGAUCUUUUCCAAAAAGUUGAAGAAGCAAAGAGCUCUUUAACAAUGAAUCGAAGUAGGGGGAAAGUCCUUGAUGCGAUAAUUCAAGAAAAAAAAUCUGGUAGGAUCCCAGGAAUAUAUGGAAGAUUGGGAGACUUAGGAGCUAUUGAUGAAAAAUACGAUGUUGCUAUUUCAUCCUGUUGUCAUGCAUUAGACUACAUUGUUGUUGAUUCUAUUGAUACAGCCCAAGAAUGCGUAAACUUCCUUAAAAGACAAAAUAUUGGAGUUGCAACCUUUAUAGGUUUAGAUAAGAUGGCUGUAUGGGCAAAAAAAAUGACCAAAAUUCAAACUCCUGAAAACACUCCUCGGUUAUUUGAUUUAGUAAAAGUAAAAGAUGAGGAAAUUCGCCGAGCUUUUUACUUUGCUUUACGGGAUACCUUAGUAGCUGACAACUUGGAUCAAGCCACAAGAGUAGCAUAUCAAAAAGAUAGAAGAUGGAGAGUGGUAACUUUACAGGGGCAGAUCAUAGAACAAUCAGGUACAAUGACUGGUGGUGGAAGCAAAGUAAUGAAAGGAAGAAUGGGUUCAUCAGUUGUCGUUGAAAUCUCUGAAGAGGAGGUCAGCAUAUCUAAAAUUAUAGUCAGACCCAUUUUUUUUUAUAAACAGCUUUAUUGAAGUAUAGCAUACAUA